UGGUUUUCUCCAGCGAAAAAGAAGGGCACUGUGCUUUUGGCCAUGGGGAACGCUUGGUCUGCUCCUGAGAGAACGAAGCUGCGCAAGAAAAUGGCGGAGCAGCUGAUGGACAAAGGGAACCCUAGCCUCCCAUGGGAGCUGAUAGUGGAGAUUCUUUCAUGGCUGCCAGUCAAGUCGUUGGGCCGCUUCAGGUGUGUAUCUAAGCCAUGGAAUGCUCUCAUCGCUGACCCUAAUUUUAUCAAAAUGCACUUUGACAAAACUUCUGAGAACGAUGAUGUGUUCUACCAAAGACGAAGACUCAUUUUCAAUGAGCCAGGUUGCUGUUCCCUUUACUCUGUUAACCUCGACCAGUUAAUUCUGAAUCAGAAUAAUGAUCAUGGUGCUGAUGAUCUGAUUGCCCCUGAGGCCCAAUUGGUUUGCGGUGACCUACCAUCUUACAGGGUUGUAGACCUUUUUUACUGUGAUGGUUUGUUGUUGUGCAAGCUAGCUGAAAUGCCAAUGACGAUAUAUCUGGUUAACCCAACUACCGGGGAAUCCGAGGAACUGCCAGAGGCACCAGAUAAUAUACAACACCUGGGUUUUGGAUUUGAUCACUCCACUGAUGAUUACAAGGUGGUUUCUGCUGUGUUUUAUGAUAUGCUUGUGUUUUGUGUCUAUUCGUUGAAAACCGGUUCAUGGGAGGAGCUUGAGUGUUCACUUCCCUAUUCUGGGGCAUAUACCUUUCAUGCGGUCCUGCUCAAUGGAACUCUUCAUUGGAUAAUGGAAACACCAGACCAGACAUCCAUGAUUGUAGCUUUCCUUUUAGAAGAGGAGCAGGCUGGAGAAAUUCCUUUGCCGGUUGAGUAUUCCAGUGAUGCGGGAGAUUGUGUGUUGGGGGUCUUCAGGGACUGCCUAUGUUUAACACAUUGUAGUGAUGAAAGAACUUAUAAUCAGUUUUGGGUCAUGAAUGAAUAUGGAGAGGAGCAGUCGUGGACUAAGAUAAAGAUCUCCAUCCCUUAUUCCGAAUUAUCACUUUCAGGUUUUUGGAAGGAAAAUCAUGAUCUGUUGGUGUUCCAGAAGCAAUUGGUUAUGUACAAUUUUAAGGAACAAAGCUUUUGCAAUCUGUCAAUCCCUGGAUUUCCCCAUGUUGAUUGCAUU